GGUGCAGGAUGGUGUGACUUCAGUGAAGACUUUGAACCAAACAUUUAUCCAACUUUUAAAUUGCAAACCUCUUGUCUGGUGUGUGUGUGUGGACGCAAAACCACUUUUACCUGUUGAUUUUGAUUCCCCCCCCCCCCAAUUAUUUAUUUUUGUAUGCGAGCGUCUGUGACAGUAAGUUUGACACAGGCAUGGCUGAGGUACCGCAGCCGGUCGAAAUAGACCCGGAAUUCGAGCCUCUCUCCCGGCCGCGGUCCUGCACCUGGCCGCUGCCCCGCCCGGAGCUCAGCGACCCGGCCGGCUCCAACACCUCCUCCCCGGCCCCCUCAGUGCAGCAGGAGCCCGGAGGAAACACCGACUUCAUCAGCAGCCUCGGCUUGUUAGAGGAGGACUAUGAAGAGUAUGCGGAGCAGAGUGACUUUCAGUGUCGAGAGGGGAAUUGUGUCCCUCCACAGCAGCAGCACCACCUCCAUCCCCUCCAGCAGCAGCCGCUCCCCGGUCCUCAGAUGCCCGCUCAGCAGGUCCCCUCUCCGGGCGUCACUCCUCCGGGCAGCAGCACCUCCGGACCGAGGAAAAGCAGCUCGUCCCGCCGCAACGCCUGGGGGAACAUGUCGUACGCCGACCUGAUCACCAAGGCCAUAGACAGCUCACCUGAGAAGAGGCUGACUCUGUCUCAGAUUUACGACUGGAUGGUGAAGAACGUGCCUUACUUCAAGGAUAAGGGAGACAGCAACAGCUCCGCGGGCUGGAAGAACUCCAUCAGACACAACCUGUCGCUGCACAGCCGCUUUGUGCGCAUACAGAACGAGGGGACGGGCAAAAGCUCCUGGUGGAUGUUGAACCCCGAUGGGGGUAAGAGCGGUAAGUCGCCGCGCCGCAGAGCCGCCUCCAUGGACAACAACAACAGUAAGUUUGCCAAGAGCCGAGGAAGGGCCACAAAGAAAAAGAUGGCUCUACAGGAGGGGGUUGAGGGGGGGGACGGCAGCCCUGGUUCCCAGUACUCCAACUGGCUGGGGAGCCCAAACUCUCACAGCAACGAGGACUUUGAAGCCUGGAGCUCCUUCAGGACGCGCACCAGCUCUGACGCCAGCACCCUGAGCGGCUGCCACUCGCCUUUCCCUCCUGACCCGGACGACCUGGGGGAGUCUGAGGGCCACAUGAUGUACCCCGGAGCGUCGGGAACCAAGAUCACCUCCUCUCUGCCCAGCCUGUCCGAGGUGGCCGGGUCCAUACACGGCUCAGAGAUGGUCAUGGAGGGUCUGCUGGAUAACCUGAACCUGCUGCCCCCUAAAACCCCACAGCUGGUUUCUGACUCCGCACAUUCAUCAAAUGCUGCCAUGCUUCAGAGCGGCCCCUACAGCUCCCCCGGCUUGACCCCGCUCCCACAGAAAGACUACCGUAAAUGCAUGUACAGCCAGGUCAGGAUGAGUAACCUGCCCCCCGCCCCCAUGCAGGCGCUCCCACAGACCAAGCCGGGCUUUGGGGCUUAUGAGAACCAGUACAUCUGCCCUGCUGGCCUCCUUAAAGAGCUGCUGACCUCAGAAGCAGAAGCCAAUAGGGAGGUGGGGAGGGGAGGUUGCCAACUGCCCCCUUACAGCCGCCAGAGCCACAUGGGGGGUCACAACGGGGCGAAAAUGAUGAAUCCUCCUCAGAGUCACCCUCAUGUAAAUCCACAAGCUAUACAUAGACAGGGUCCUCCGAGCUCACACGAUUUGAAUAGCUGUAACAUGAUCCCCCUGACUAGUCUGACUAGUCCUUCAGGGGCCCCUCAUCGAAUGACCAGCCUGAGGACAUUCAUGCAGCUGCCUCACACACACCCCACACACACUUACUCUGUUUCCACGGGCUACGGCAACACCAGCGGCUACAGGGCGCUCGGCUCGGUUCACCCUCACCUUCAUCACCAGGAGCGGCUGCCCAGCGACCUGGACAACGUGUCCAUCGAGAGGCUUGAAUGUGACAUGGAGACGGUGCUCCAUGACACCCUGAUGGAUGGCGGGGCCCUCGACUUUAACUUUGACCCCUCAGCUGGGUUCCCCCAAAGGGUGAAGACCACCACACACAGCUGGGUGUCAGGGUAGGAGCCAUGGUGGGGGACAAAAAGGUGAGACUGACAUAAGCGUCUGGCAGGAAGUUAAUGGUAAUGGUGUUACCUUGGUUGGUGAUUGGCUAAUGGUUACACAAAACAAAAAAUG